GGCCCCGUCCGCGCAGAGUCCCCGGUCGGCGGCGCCUCGGAGCUGCCCGGCUGCCCGAUGCUUCCGCCCCGGCCGCCGCGGGCCGGGCUGUGCGCGUAGUGCCCGGCUCAGGCCCCCGAAGCGCCGGCGGGGGCGACAGCGGCCUCGGGCCCCGCGGAGACGGAGCGGCUGGAGGACGAGGCGGCGGCCGCGGGGAGGAGGAUGGGGGCUAACCAGUUAGUGGUGCUCAACGUGUACGACAUGGUUGGGCUGCUGUGGUUCAUUCCUUUUCUUCCAUAAAUCUGCUGCAUAUAUGAAAAUACAGUAUAGUUGACCACCUCCCUACAUUGACCAUCUCCUUCAGUUGAUGUAAUGUUCGUAGACUGGACAUGUACCACAUGAACUCAAUGGAAGACCACCUCUGUAAGUCGUAUCUUGACUACUUGGACGAUGUAACAUACAAUAUUAAUUUACCCUCUAUAACUUGACCAGUUCGGUUCACUCUACACCAAGAGGUAGAAACUGUGAACUUUGCUCAUUAGUUGUAUUAUUUUUUCUUUAGUAUAAGUUCUUUUUUCACGUCAUAUUAUUACUGUAUGUUAAAUCAGACCUAAUGUCCUAUUGUUUAUCAUGUGUUGGGAAAGAUUUUUCUAUGUGAAGGCCUGGUACAUCCUGCAAUGACUGAAAAAUUUUAUAUUUAAUUGAGACAUAAUGGCGCAAAGGAAAGAACUCAAAGAGCUGACAUUAAAGGAAAAGGUCGAUCUUUUACAUUUUCUAGAAAGCAGCAGCCAGAGAAAGACAGCAGAACAUUUUGGUGUUAGCAAGACCACAGUUAGCAACAUCCAAAAACGUAAACAUGAGUACUUAGAGAAAUACAGUAAAGACAGUGGAGACCCACAGCGGAAAAAGAGGAAAACUUCCCUGGAUGAAGUCAAUCAAGCCACAUUAAGCUGGUUCAAACAAAUGAGGGCAGUUAAUGCCCGGAUCUCUGGACCGAUGAUUCGAGAAGUGGCAAAGAAAUUCGCACAGGAAUUCGGGGUGGCAGAUUUCCAAGCAUCAAGUGGUUGGCUUGAAAAAUUUAAACUACGAAACAAGAUCUCCCAGAAAGUCUUGUGUGGUGAAUCCAAUGACGUUUCAGCAGAAGUUGUGGAAGAGACUCCGAAGGAAGAGGAUGUCAGGCAUCUGAUAAUGCAGUUGAAGUCAUUUGCUGCAGAAAAAUGCCCAGGUAUGCUGAGUGGUGUGGCCAGUGUUGAGAAUGCUUUCUGCACUUACAUUUGUAAUAAGAGACAGGUCAAGAUCGACUCUUUCUUCAGAAAGAAUAAUUAAACCAUGAGAAAACAGUAAUUGUAUUGAUUUUAUAUGAUACUGUCUAUGAUUUUACUGUUUUGAUUAUAUAUGAUUUCAUAUGAUAUUCUCUAAUAAAUGUUGUAUAAGAAAGUGAAGUACUUGUAUGUAUCAGUAUAACAGGCCUAGUUCCUUGUGUUGACCACCUCUAUAUGUUGACCGGUUUGUUACAGUCCCUUGGGUGGUCAACUUAUAGAGGUUUUACUGUAAUUGUAUGGGGGUCACCUAUAUUAACUUCUUUCUUAUGGAGGAAUAGUAUAAUCCUCAAAAGAUUAUUUAAUUGUGCAUGGUGCUUCUGAAUUACUGCUUGCUGUCUUCUCAGUGAUUAUGUUUCUCUUUGUAUGUUGGGGUACUCUUUCACCAAUAAAACAUAUGUUAAGAGUUACUUUCUGAGUCUUAAAAAAGAAGCUGUUCAUGUAUUCCUAAUUUACUGGCAUACCCAUAGCAAAGCAGGAAACAGAUUAGUUUCUAAUGGUGAGACAAAUCUCUGGUGUAGUAGCUGUAGCAAUCUUCAUGUUUCAUAGAUUUCAGAUUUUGUGCUUUUCAUUAUCUUGGCUACUAAUAAAUUU